AGCCUCCCCUGAUCUUUACCCGAACGUACAAAGCUGCUACCGGCCCUUUGAUCCUGGUUUAUCGUCUAACGAAGGUAAGAUUUCAUCGCCUAACAGAGAUGACUAUUGGCUUCCAAUCCGGGAUGACAAUCGGCGUAGAAGCUCAGAUCGGCGCUCAAUUCAAGGAAGGAGGAGCCCAAUCUGAGAACCCUAUCAACAUAUUGGUGAAAAUAUCACAAGCGCCAAUCAUAGAUUUGACGGUACAUCUAGACAUUCAGACUUCAUCCACGGAAACCUUCUGGAAUACCUUUGCAAACCAGCAGAACAACUGCGGAAACCUGUCUACAGCAGAAUCGGAUUACGCAACCGGUCGGGUAGAAUGGCUCCCUAGUGUUCACAAGCCAUACAACCUUGAUAUCUCUUUAACCACUUCCUUGCUCUGUUGGGAAAGUGAAACCCCCAAUCUUCCUAAACCUCUCGACGGUGAACUACCGGGGCUAUGUCGUUAUGACCCUAUGAUUUUUGACCGAGACACUUGCUCAAAAAGUUUGCUUGCAAUGGACAUUGGGCCUCUCUCACAUGCUGAACUUUACAAUGCAAACACUGUCACACCCUUUACGGCCAGGGAGGGAUCACUUUCAGGGAAAGCACUAACACAGAUAGCUCCAGGAUUCCCGGCUUCUAGGGUUAGAGGAACCCAAUCUGAACCUCCCCGCACACUUCAACCGCUUUCCCCAACAGCCCCUCCUUUCAUCCCCUCCUCUUUUAACUCAUUCCAGAUCCUGGAGACAUGCCAAGACAGUGAGGAACUGCUAGUGGAACAAUCCUUAAAUGGAGAUAGAGACAAUAUUGACUUAUUAAAUUGCUUUUCUACCUCUAGGUUGCUGAAGCUUAAUGCCCUCGAGGAUGUGGCCCCAUCUGGUGGAGAACCGGCUCUAUAUACUCACUCCGAAGGUGAGUCAACAGCUUUGAUUGACUCAAAGCUUGAACCGUGUAGAUUCAGCAUCCCCAGCAGCUCCAUAGUAUCAAUGCCGUUCCCGAAAUUAUCCAAAGGAAAGCCAACUUCUUCACCGUCACAUAUGGUCACCAGGAGCAGGGCUAGGCAACUAGCUGAAGGAAGGAGAAAAACUCCCAUUAGGGGAGUUGACACCUCGGACGAAGAUGAAGAGUCCUUCUUUGACGCAGUAGUACUAUUCGCCCUUCACGCCGCCGUGAAGGGCGACAGUAGCGUAUUAUUGGGAACGCGAGUCGACGCGGUGGUAGCGCAAGACGGGUCGGGGCAAUUCCGGACCAUCGGGGAAGCUAUCAAAGCGGCGGCGCCGGAGAAGAGUGAGAGGAAGUUUGUGAUAUACGUGAAAGCGGGGGUUUAUUAUGAGAAGGUGGUGGUUGGUGAGGAGAAGACGAACUUGACAAUCAUUGGUGCGGGAAUGGAUGCCACCAUUCCGUGUUUGCGAAAGACUUCACAGCCUACGACAUUGGAUUCCACAACACGGCCGGACCCGCCAUGGGGCAAGCGGUGGCCCUUAUGGUGGCCGGCGACCGGGGGGCCUUUUACCGGUGCAAGAUAUCGGGAUACCAGCACGCUUUUCGCCCAAUCAAACCGCCAAUACUUCCGGGACUGCGCCAUCUACGGCACCGUGGACUUCAUCUUCGGCGACUCCGCAGCGGUGUUCCAGAACUGCGCCAUCCGGCCCCGGACGCCCCUCCCGGGCCAGUUCAACGCCAUCACCGCCCAGGGCCGCCGCGACCCCGGCGGCAAGUCCGGGUUCUCUUUCCAGAACUGCGACGUCUCCCCCGCGGAGGAUCUCGCCGGAGUCAGGACGUUCUUGGGGCGGCCGUGGAAGAGCCACUGCAGAGUGGUCUUCUCGAACACUUACAUGGCCGGCUUCAUUGACCGGAGAGGUUGGGCGGCUUGGUCGGGGGACGACGACUCGCCGCCGCCGCCGGACACCAUUUACUAUGCCGAGUUCGGCAACUACGGCCCGGGGGCGGAUACGGCGAGUCGGGUCCGUUGGAAGGGGUUGCAUUUAGGGGCAAGUGGGAGUGCAGAGGCAAGAACGUUUAGUGCUGAUAGUUUUAUUGAAGCAAGCUCUUGGAUUCUUCCAGAGGCCACUAGAAUGAUUACCUUAUUGAACCCUCCUUCAGCCGAAGGAGAACCGGUUGAGGGGGAGGAGAAUCGGGUUGGGCCUGAACCGGAGGGGAGGGAGCGUGAACCGGAAGUGAAGGGGAGGGGAAUUGCACCGGAACUAUUAAGGAAUGGAAUGGCACCCGAAUUGGAGAAUGGAGUAGUCGGAUCUGAACCGGCAGGGGAAUCAAUAACUGCCCCGGAACCGGCGGUGAAAGGAAAUGCACCUAAACCGGCUGAGAAUGUAAUUAGUGCGCCAAAAUCAUCUGGAUACGCUUCGAAACCGGGGAAUGGAAUCUGUGAUAUUGGAAUGUGUUGCGGAAACAAGCCUUUGAAUAUAGCUUUACUUCUACUUCCUCCAUCCCCAAGAUAUUCUCAUUUUGACUUUUGGUGAUUUUAAGGAGAGUUGAAAAAAAGUGAAAGUUUAUCAUAAUACCCUUAAUGAAAAUGGGUGGAGUGUAUUAAAUGAGGUGGGUGAGGUGUAAUAAAUAAAGUAAGUGAGGGUAGUUGUGGUAUUUUAAUUGUUAAAAAAUGAAAUGAGAAGAUCUGUUGUGAACAAAGAAAAAGGGCUAUUGGGA